UGGCGAUUGAUGCGAUUAGUGAAUGAACAGUACCAAUCAUGGCAUAAAUGCAAUCCAACGCCGCAUGUAAACCCCAUGAACGCUGGUUGCUUAUGGAUGGACCACAGCAAAGUCAAAUCUCCGUCCGUCCAUGUACAUACAUAUCCGUAUGUAUGACACAUAUAUACAGUAAAACAAGGAAAAAGAACAUUACAUUAAUGAAUACACGAAAACCCUCGAUUGAUUCAGCUCGUCGCCGGCACCCGUUUCCUCAGCCCUACAGGAGAAAACAGAAGGCAAGAGAAUCAUGCAGUGCACAUCCGCCUGCGUCGGGUCUUUGAUCCAUGCCAUGCAGAGCCUCGCUCACACCUUCUGCCUGUGUUUCUGGGCCACGCCGCUCCGAUGUGAGGCCAGUGACUGCAAUCAAUCGAGAGAAAAUUCCCCUCCGCCUGUCACACGCAACACACAGCUACAGAGGGAAAGUAUGAGCGAGCUGCAUGCUCUGCGAUUGUCGGUCGCUGCGUAGAUGGGUACAUACUGGGUUCGCACGCACGUACGUGUCCGUCUGCCCGCCAUCAGCACCAAUUGGUGCCUCAGGUGCUUUUCGAGUAGGACAGAGCGAACCCCCGGGGGCAAAGGCUGCACACACAGACACACAGACGCCAGACACGGACAAGACAACCGGCAACUUCCUUCCUCCCGCAUCUCAACAAACCCGCGACUCCCCUCCCCGUGUGCGUGUAGUGUACCUCCGAUCCGUCGCUUCUUGGCCCUGGUGUACGACGCCUCGACAAACCGCACGAGGUCCUCCUUUCCCUUCACAGAGAGAACGCCACUGGCAGCAACGUAGGUGCUCUUGCACGCAUCGAGGUGCUUGAUCCUCUCCUCCGCAACCUCCGGGAGAAGCGAGGCCCUGAGCUGGGCAUCAACCUCCUCCUUGAAUUCAGGUAUCUGUGCCUGUAGCAGAGAGAACACGCUUCCUGUCAUCGCCGCCCCUUUCGCCGUAGACAUGGU